GGAGCUCAGGUUCUAGCAGUUUUUGGACAAUCGAUACGCGACAAAGUUUUCUACAACAAAGGACUAAAAUGCGGCACGCUCUGCUCAUUGCGCUCGUCUGUGGACUAUUGUUUGCCGUUGCCUCGGCUGGAUUACUUGGAGGUGGCGGUGGUGGUGGUGGCCACGGAGGAGGUGGCUGGCAACAGGGUGGCGGCGGACACGGUGGCGGCGGUAGCGGUGGCUGGCAGAAGAACGGCGGUGGUGGAGGAGGCGGUGGCUGGCAAAAGAACGGUGGUGGAGGCGGCGGCGGUGGCUGGCAGAAGAAUGGCGGAGGUGGGGGUGGAGGCUGGCAGCAAGGAGGCGGUGGUGGCGGAGGCUGGCAGCAAGGAGGUGGUGGUGGAGGAGGCUGGCAACAAGGUGGUGGUGGCAAAUCGCUAGCCGGACAUCGUGGUAGCUCAACCUCCUGGCAAGGACAGGGCGGUAAACACGGCGGCGGCGGCGGUGGUGGUGGUUGGUAAUUGAAGAAACAAUUUGAACGAUCACGAGAAACCAGAACGCAAACCACUCGCCUCUCCGUCAAUUCUCAUAUAUACUCAUGUUAAGGAGACUCUUAGAUUAAGCUCUUUGUCUGUGCUUUGAAUAAAAAGUAUUUCUGCAUUUGAAA